AUGGCUGAGGAUACACCAAUGCCGGAUGCUGACGCCGCCAAGGAGCAGACGCUCAUGUAUGGCGGCGAUGACGACCUAGAUUCAAAGUACCCUAAUCGGCCUGCCAACCUCCAUAAAACGCUGCCAUUCCAUACGCUUUUCAACGAGCUAUUUGACCCGCUAUUGGACACUGUCAAGAAGAGUAGACCGGCAGGUCCGCGCAGGAAGGUUGGCCCUUCUGGACAUUCAAACCUGUCGCCGCACGAGGCCAAGCGCAACAUCAUCGAGAGGUACAUCGCGCAAUGGCGCAAGGAAGUUGGCAACGACUUUUACCCGGCCAUGCGGCUGAUGAUCCCGGAGAAAGACCGUGAUCGCGCAAUGUACGGACUGAAAGAGAAGGCCAUUGCAAAGAUCUUGAUACAGGUCACCAAGAUCAACAAAGACUCUGAUGAUGCUAAGCAAAUGGUCAACUGGAAGUUACCUGGCCAGCUGCACAAGGCGUCAGCAUCAACAGCGGGAGACUUCGCAGGACGUUGCUACGAAGUGUUGUCGAAGCGACCUUUGCGGUCGGAAGUGGGUAACAUGAGCAUUGCCGAAGUGAACAACACGCUCGAUCGGCUGUCGCAAGUAGGAGGGGAGAAAGAGCAGAUCAAGAUCUUUGAGCGGUUCUAUCGGCGCAUGAACCCCGAAGAGAUGACUUGGCUGAUCCGGAUCAUCCUAAGACAAAUGAAGAUCGGAGCAACUGAGAAGACCAUCUUAGAUAUAUGGCACCCUGAUGCCGAAGCUCUUUUCAACAUCUCAUCCAACCUCCGGCGAGUAUGCUGGGAAUUGUACGAUCCGGAAGUGCGGUUAGAUGGGGACGACACAGGUAUCACGCUCAUGCAAUGCUUUCAACCACAGCUCGCCGCUUUCCAGCCCAAAGUUGGUUCGUUCGACAAGAUUGUGUCGAAGCUCAAACCCACGCCCGAGGACGACUCCUUCUGGAUCGAAGAGAAGCUCGACGGUGAGCGGAUGCAGCUCCACAUGCUGGAGGACUCCUCAGCACCAGGCGGGACAGUCUUCGGAUUCUGGUCUCGCAAAGCCAAAGACUAUGCCUACCUCUACGGAAAGCAUUUCACUGGCGACGAAGCCGGGGCUCUUACCCGCUUCAUCAAAGAUGCUUUCCACAAGAACAUCCGGAACAUCAUUCUAGACGGCGAAAUGAUCACCUGGGACAUGGAAACCGAUCACAUCGUCGGCUUCGGCACACUCAAAACCGCAGCUAUAUCCGAGAAGGAGAAUACCACUGGUUCUAAUACCGGACAACGGCCACUCUUCAGGGUUUUUGACUGCUUGUAUCUUAAUGAUACACUGCUUACGCCUUAUACCCUUCGUGACAGAAGAGCGGCACUUGAAGGUGCAGUGAAGGGCGUCCCGCGACGCAUUGAGAUACAUCCGUACCACGAAGCACAUUCUCCCACCGAAGUCGAACCCGAACUCCGUCGCGUAGUUGAAAACGCAUCCGAGGGUCUCGUUCUCAAAAAUCCACGUUCAAUGUACAAGCUCAACGAGCGAAACGACGACUGGGUCAAAGUAAAGCCGGAGUACAUGUCCGAGUUUGGCGAGAUGAUAGAUUGCGUUGUCAUAGGCGGUUACUUCGGCUCCGGGCACCGCGGUGGCGCCCACUCGUCCUUCUUAUGCGGAUUGAUCGUGAACAAGAAAGCAAAGGAAGGCGAUUCGGACUACGGGAAGUGCAUUUCGUUCUUCAAAGUUGGUGGUGGCUUCACCAGAGAAGAUUAUGCCUCCAUUCGCGGACGCACCGAGGGGAAGUGGAAGGACUGGGACCAGCGUCGGCCUCCGUCAAUCAUCGAGCUGGGCGGCCACGCAGAGAAUCGUCAGCACGAAAGACCGGAUCAAUGGAUCCAUCCUGCCGACUCAGUAGUGCUAGAAUGCAAAGCCGCGAGCGUGGAAUCAACCGACAGAUUCCGCCUAGGCCAGACGUUGCGUUUCCCACGGUUUAAAGCCCUCCGUACAGACAAAUCCUGGGACCAGGGCUUGAGCAUCGACGAGUUCUGGGAAGUUAAGAACACAGUAGAGACUGAACACGCAGACAAAGAGAAAGACUUCAAGAUCGAGCAAAGCCGUCGGAAGAAAGCGCGGACCACAAAAAAGCCACUCGUCGUCGCCGGAAACGACACCGUAAGCACGCAGUACGCCGGCCCAGAAUCUAAGCUCUUUGACGGUCUGCAGAUCUACAUCAUGACGGACCAGAUUCACCCAAUGAAAAAGUCCAAGGCAGAGCUUGAAGCACUGGUUAAAGCGCACGGCGCGAAGAUCGUACAGCGCGACACUUCAGAAAAGAACCUUGUCGUGGUAGCGGAUAAACGCCUCGUCAAGGUAUCUUCACUUGAGAAACGCGGCAUCACGAACAUUGUAAAGCCGAUCUGGAUACACGACUGCAUCCGCCAGAACGAGGUUGAUCACGGUGAUAUCCCAUACUUGCUGCCCUUUGAGCCGAAUAGGCAUAUGUUCUACCUCCUUGAGGCGGAGCAAUUGGCGGUUGAAGCAAAUCUCGAUGACAAUGGCGAUCCUUAUGCGAGGGAUAUCCUUGAUGUUGAUGAGAUGCGGAGCAUCCUCGCUGGGAUGCCGAAGGAAUCAGAAAAGAGUUUUGAUGACCAGGAGUUCAUGGCACAGCUGGAGGAUCACGCGCAUACGAUGUCGCAUCUGAAGAACUACAUGUUCAGCAAGAUGAAAGUUGCGUUUGCAGAGAGCUGCGAUGACGCUGAGUGGAACUUCAGAGCGAGUCUGGCACGAAAUUAUAUUAGGUUUGCAGGUGGUGAUGUUGCAAAGAGUGAGGACGAAGAUGGGAUUACGCAUUUGGUUGUUCCGAAUCCGGAUUAUGUUCCCAAGGGCAGGUUGAAGGUUACGGGACUGGCGAGGCCGGUGGGCGUGGAGUGGGUGGAGAGGUGCUGGGAGGAGGGGACGAGGGUUGAUGAGGAGAGGUUUCAGUGGGGUUGA